GUACUUAUGCAAAGUGGCCAACCCCUGAUAACAGCAAAUGGUAAGCGAUGCAAAGAAGAUGAACGAUUGUUGAAUGGUGUCCUUGCCCGUGAAAAGAGGGGAUAUAUUAUUGAUACCCGAACACAGAAUUUGGCACAGUCAGCAAAGAGGAUCCUCUUCUGAAAUAUCCCUUCUUUUAUCGUGCCAUGUACACUGUCCUUGAAGAUGGGUGGACAGCAUUUACAACGGAAUCGGAAUUUUCCCGAUUAAUCCAACCUGGGGAUGAUUGGCGAAUAUCUUAUGUUAAUAAAGAUUAUAAAGUUUGUUCAUCUUACCCAAGUGCUGUGGUAGUACCCAAGAGUGUUGAAGACUCGGACUUGAUAGCAAUAGCUAAUUUUCGGCAAUCCGGACGAUUUCCUGUUUUAGCAUAUCGACAUGAGGGAAUGGCAGUACUUAUGCAAAGUGGCCAACCCCUGAUAACAGCAAAUGGUAAGCGAUGCAAAGAAGAUGAACGAUUGUUGAAUGGUGUCCUUGCCCGUGAAAAGAGGGGAUAUAUUAUUGAUACCCGAACACAGAAUUUGGCACAGUCAGCAAAGGUAAGGUUAAGGUCAUUGGGUAAUUUUGGUUGCCAAAAAUAUUUGACAGUUUUAACCACACAUAGUAGGUUAGUAUUGGUUUUAAAUGCUUUGCACAUCUUUUACUUCUGUGCUGCCUCAUAGCUUAUAUUUGGAAUA